CGACAAGUGUCAUUGUCACUUGUCAAAAGACCAGUUUCGAGCUUUGACGAGAAAAGUGAUUUUCUUGAGAAUAUUUUCAAAAUGUCCGUGUGGUCUACAUUAAAUCGUACUGUUUUCAAACGUACAUCUACGUUUGCUUUGGCUGUUGCCGGAGGAACGUUCUUCUUUGAAAGAACAUUUGAAUUGGUGUCUCAAUCGAUAUUUGAAAACCUCAAUAAAGGAAAACUAUGGAAGGACAUCAAGCACAAAUAUGAAAAUUAAAUUGUAAAUGUUCAAUUUAUUUCUUAGUUUAUUAAUUUAAUUAAAAUAUGUUACAAACAUAA